UUUCUUUUCUUUCAUUAAAAUUAUUUUAUUUAGUUAGUUUAAAUCCCUCAAUUACAUAUAUUAAUAAAAUAUAUGAUAACAAGUCUAUAACAGCGGAAACAACUAAAAUAUGAUUAUAAUUGUUGACAAAUAAUGUACAUUUAUAAACGAGCACAUCUGCUUACAACUACGGCAUAAAGUGUUAAACAAUUCAUUACAUGUCAGAAAAAUAAGGAUGGUGAAACUAAAGUGUUACCCAACUUCAACAGGAUCCUGUGUGUGUGGUUCUCUAUUGUUGGUGCAUUCUUGCUAUUCAGAGCUUCGUCCUCAUCAGUGUUACCUUGAGCUGUAUUACAUAAAAUAUGACUCUCACAUGGAGAGGGAAUGUGCGGCAGUGUUAUGUGUCAGGGAAAUAUUGUGGACCGAUUUCUGCUCUCUGUGUAAAAUGUGAUGUACUGUCAGUCUUCUCCCUCUCUUACCAGACAUCUUUGUCUGUCUCCGUCUUAUUUUACAGACAUCGUCUAAUGACUGCGAUGAGAGAUUCUUGGUUAUUUUGUGUGUGUGUGUGUGUGUGUGUUUGAGAGAUAGUCCAUCUUCAGAAGAUGUAAGUCAAUCUUGAGACACAUUUAAUGCACCGUGCUUAAUUAAUGUCAAAUGGGGCAUUACAGCCGUUUUAAACAAGAGGAGUUUACUUGUCAUACUGUACAGUCUGAAAAAAACGUUGUGUAAUGAUUUCUGUUGCUCGGUCCAGCCUCAUUCUCAGGCUCAGUCACAUGAACGGAGGAAUAAUACAUAAACGAUUCACAUAAACAAAAUGAUUAACACAGAUUUACAAACGUCUCUUUCCCAAUGUAAGUAUUUUUGGGCCCAAUGACAUCACAUUAAGAACCUGGAGAUUUUUAUUAAUUUGUUUGGUCGUGGGUCAAAUCAACUUCCUGGGGGCAGUAGUAUGAAAAAGAUGAAAAACUAUGAGCACGAUUCUUCUUUUGGUGUACAUGACAAGGUUCGACAGUGAAUAUCUGGCAAAGGUGUGUAUAUGAGAUGAGAUGUGAUGGCUCAUCAUCGUCUUUGAAUUGGAAUAUUGAUAACUACACGCAAGGACAACAUAGUUGGGUUAUUAGGAGUGAUCCCACAAUGCCCCUGAAAUUAUUACCCUCUCAAUCAAUGCACACAUUUUUAAAACAGGUGGACUUUUUUCAUCAAAUGUUACUCGAACAGGAGAAAAUUGUGUUUGUUUUAGGACUGUUUACAGCCGUAGAUUAAUACACAUUUGGUGCUUAUUUACAGCUUCAGGACGUUUGUGUGGUAUUCAAAAUGAACUACAGUUCCCACAUUCAUCGCAAUGAAGUAACAUGUCACCUGGUGCAAAUGUGUGGCUCAUUGAUGUGUUUUUAUAAACAAUGCAGGUCUAUAUAAUAAUAGGAUCAUUUCACUAUUGGUCUUGGUCACAGGAUUUGUUUCUCCUGCUCUUUGACAAAAAACAGAAACCGUUAUCGUCGAGAAAGAAGCAGCAGCUCUGUCCGACUUCACUUCCUCCAUCCUCUGCAGGGUUCACACACGCUGACCUGGACCAUGAGCAAUGAUUUGCCUGUUCUGACAAGUCUGACUGAGAACUCCACUGAUGUUCCUGUGGCGGCGGGCCAGGUGGAGAACUAUGUGCUACUGUUGGUGCUGCUCAGUGUUUUUGCCGGGGGGACGCUGGUCCUGCUCUCCCUGCUGCUCCUCUUCUGUCACCGCUGCUGCAUGGGUGGACGGCGCUACUCCAGAGCGAGUGAUGACCCCGAGAAGACAAACACCACUUAUGCUGAGGAUUCUCAGCCCACCCAAGAGAUCACCAUUCAUCUGGAUGAAUCAGACGCUCUCUCAGCUGCCAGCUGUCAUGAUGGAGAGUCAGAACGAUUCGUCUCCACGGGGUCUACCGGCCGCAGAGUGUCCUUUAAUGAAUCUGCACUUUAUGAACAGGAGAAGACGACUCAGGACAAAGGACGCAGGUAUACUCUGACUGAGGGAGACUUCCACCACCUGAAAAAGGCCCGACUGACCCACCUUCACCUGCCUCCGGCCCCGUGUGACCUGAAGAUCCUCACCAUCAUGGAGUGUGACUCAACAGAGAGCAGCACCGUCAACAUCAACGAGACCGCAGCUCCCAAACUGCCCCUCACCAUCUACAAGCCCACUGAGAGAAGAGUCCCUGACUGGAUGGGACUGAGCCUCAGCGGAGGUCUGCCUGGAGACCCGCACCACUCCACCAUCCUGGACCAGAGCCCAAGACAGGCUUCAUCAGCCAUGAAAGCACAGCACUCAUGGUCCCAGACGAUGGAGGCUAUCGGGGACAGGGGCGAGGCUGAGAGCGAAAGUGGGAUGAGAGGAGAGUCGAUUCAAGCUCCGGACCAGACUUCAGUUCUACAUUUCUUCUCUAAACUGCGGCGUCACGCCAGUCUGGAGGGGGCGGGGCCGUACUUCAGGAAGUGGAAGUUUGACAGCAGUCAUCGGGCUGCCAGCCUGGAUGCCAAAGGAUCCCCCAAGAGAAGGCCCUUCCAGAGACAGAGAGCAGCAAGUGAAACCACUGAUCACUCCGAUGACGACUCUUUGUCCCUCCGAGAUGAGGUCAUUGAGUUGUUCCCACAGUCCCCUGUCCCGACCAGUGGCCUCCAGUCCCUCUCUGCAGAGUCUCUUUCUCAACCAGACACUGCACUUACGUCCUCAAUCUUCCUCAGCAGGUUAAACCUAGAGGCCAUGGUGGAGUUAGGUGGUAGCAGCAGCACCGGAGGAGAGGAUCUCUGUUCGCCAACAAUUGAUUGUCGCGCCCGGAGGCAAGAUGAGGCAACAGCCAAUGGGACAAGAGUAGAAAAAGAAACAAAGUUCAGUGCAGGUACAAGAACAGAAGCAGUGGGAGUUAGAAGAUCGGUAGAAGAUGACGACUUGUUUGAGGUACAACGAAGAACUGCUGUACAGGACAGGUUUGAAGACAUGUUAAGGACAACUGAAGACACACAGACCUCAGCUGUGAGAACAAUGAGUGAGGCAGAUGAUGGAGAUGAGCUGGUGUUGGGAGCUGAGGCCAGGCUAAGAGCCGGCUCAGGCUCAUCCCUUUCUUUUAUGACUCGCCAGGAGAGCUCGGAGGCUCCUCCCUCCCUGUACAGAGACAUUUGGAGCUUACGAGCCUCUCUAGAGCAAUACGCCUCCUCAGACCAGAGCAGCACAGAUCGGGAGUCCAUCCGCAGUGAUGGUGACAGCGUCUCAUCCCACGGUGGUGCAGGAGCUCGCUCUGGCCUGGACAGCUGCUUGUCCCAAGACCUGGACGAUGAGGCUGAGGGAGAAGGCGAGGGAGAGAUGUUGGAGGGAGGGAUCAGAGGGGCGUCAGGUGGGCACAGUGAGGUGGAAAGUGGAGCUGGGGGAGAGGGUGAGUCAGGGAACCGUAAACUCCUCCAGAUGGACAGUGGCUACGCCUCUAUUGAAGCACCAUCCAGGGCACCUGAGGAAAUGCGGCUUUUUGGGACUCCUGGAGCUCCAAGAGGGAAGUCGGCAUCUGAGAGAAGGUUGUUCUACACCAGCUCUGGGAGGAAAGGUUCAGUGUGCGAGAGCGUCGAGGCCAAGCUGUUUCAGGAGGAGCUGGAGGACGAGAUGGCAGACGGCACAGUGGAGAGAUCUCAAACUGGCUGCCAGUCUCUUACCCUGCAAGAACCGCAUGAGCUCCUGAAAUCCCUUCAACCUCAGAAACCUCCAGAAUCACAAUCACAGCUGAUGUCUCCCCUGAUUAAGCCAAUCCCACAGCCCUCGACUCCUCACAAAACCCGUCUCCGCCGCCGCGACUACAGCAUCGACGAGAAGACAGACGCUCUUUUCAACGAGUUCCUCCGGCAUGAUCCACGGUUUGACCAGCAGGAUUCGCCGCUGCGCUCCAGGCACCGAUCCAGAGUUCAUCUCCGUAAACAGUGGCAACGACACAAGCAAUACAGCGACCCGGGGUCGGGGGCUGGGGGUAGGUACUCCCCAUCUUUGGAGAGGCAGAGGUUCACGCCACUGAGGAGAGGCGACAGCGCCGGUUACCCUCUGGACACCAGGUAUCACAGCACGCUGUCACGCAUCGCGAGCGCUGCUGACGAGGAAGCCUGCGAGGUGGCGGCUUGUGAGGAAGCUGCCAAAGAGAGCACAGAGGACAACGAUCCAUCGAAGGAAGGAGGUGCGCGGGAAGCCGCAGGAAGUACAGCCGACGCAACAAAGAGUUGGGCAGAGUCGACUGGAGAGGGUGAUGGCUGCCAGGUCUCUACAAAAAAGGGCGCCGAAAGCACAACUAUCCAGUCGUUGACGAGCAACAUGGAUCCGAGAGUCAACAACAGAAACAACAACAGUAGUCAAGCUAUUCUAUCAGAGAGCAGCCUGACAGACAAGCUGGCCGUGUCGGUGGAAGAGAGGCUCUACGGCGGCCUGCGCAGUGCAGAGAAGCUCGGCCAGGGAGGAACGGAGCGCGCGCUCACCGGGUCACACACAGCCUCACCCGGCUUCAGUCCCAUGUAACACGUUAACAAGCAUAUCUUCAUCAACUUUAUUUCACAUCCAUUAUCUAUAGACGACGGACUUGAACAAAAGGGUCGAUAGAACUUUAAGCAUUCAUGUGUUAGAUAGUUGGCCAUUUGUGUCCCUUACAUUUGGAUAAAUAACUGAUGGAUCAAAACUCGGAUAUAGAACAGUCUCUUCCAGCAUUUCCAUUCAGACCUUGAUUUCCACUGGGACGCCAUGUGACACGUGAUGCCCCUUUUUAUUGGUAACCAUUCUCAAAGUCAAAUGCAUUUAUUACAAAGCUUUGAAAAUAUAGAUCCAUCUUUAGAAAAUGAACUGUGACUUUUCAGCAUGCUACUGUAUGUCCAAUAUGUGAAUACUGUACAGUUUUGACUUUAAAACAAAAAGCACUUUGAUGGGAAGAAAGAACGAUGGAGUUUCUGUCACCCAUUUCUCUUAUUUACAAACCAUAUCCUCAAGUGUCCUUCUCGUCUUGAUCACCACGAGAAUAAAUUACUCUGUGAAAGCUUGAGGUUUAUGUAUUUGGCGAUAAGAACACUGACCAUGUAAAAGAAAAAAAGUAUAACUUAACUGCUCGCAGCCCUCUCAUUUAAACAUAUCAGAUCUGGAGCAUGAACUUUAUCAGAAGUAAAAACAGCUGGGAUACCCAUGCUACACAGUUCGGAAUGACGUGCAUUAAGAUUUUUUUGUAUACCCAUAUUUCAUCUAUUUUUAUAGGAUUGUUGUUACUUAGUUUACCAUGUUAUUUAUCACAAUUAAAGACGCGGUAUCCAGGAUCUGCUGUGGAGUCGAGCGAAUUGUUGCAUCAGUGCUGGGACUGUUGAGUGACCGACACUGGAGCCGCUCAGGCUUUUACACAUGGACCAGUGAAAGAGGUUGAAAGUGAAGCGCAGUGCCACGGGAUAAACUCACUACGGGUUACUGAAUAAACGAUACGUCUGGUGAUAUUCUAUAUUUGACUUAUCGUCAACAAAUCCCACAAAUAGAACUAACAAUUAAUUCAUCUUACGAUCUAGAAUGACCUGUGCAGUCAAAGCUUGAUGUAGUUUAUAGCUCUCCAUUGUUGUCAAACUAUUAAAAAAUAAAAACGUACAAUCAUUUAUUGUUGAUUGAACACCAUAUUCCUCGUAAAAAAAUAUAAUUGCUGUUUAGGUAAAUUUUUUACCAUUUAAAAAAAGAAAACCCAUGUCAUCAUUUCUUAAGAAGAACGUCAAUGGGCUUAGAGCUGAGAACCACAUAGGGCCUAUAGGGAAGUCAGAAAGUAUUAAGAGACAAACUAACACCUUG